AUGGAAAUGAUAAUAACAUAUCGACAUUUGUAGGAAAUGAAAAAUUGAAAAUUGAAUCUAAUGAAAUUGUUAAAUGCCUUACACGACAAUAUCAACGUGCUAUGACUAGAUUGAUUACCUAUCGAUUUAUUGAACAAUUAAUUAUUUCAAAUAAAGAUAAUAAUCAAUGUUUGAAUAUUUUAUUUAUGAAUUUAAAAGAUAAUAAUUUAGAUUGGCAUUAUGUUGAAAAUAUUCAAGCAUCAAAUAAUCAAUUGAAAGAAGAUAUUGGACAUCUCUAUUAUAAAAUUAUUAAAAAUAUAUUAUCAAUUUCAAUAGAAUCUAAUAUGAAAACAUUAUGUGUAUUGAAUCUCAUCAAUUUAAACUAUAAUUCGAUGGAUUUAUGUCUUUUAAAUGAUUUUCAAUUUAUUCAAGAAUUAUUUAAUCCAUUUAUUAGCUUGACCAAAAUAGAUAUGACAAAUGUCGAUUUAAUCAAUAUAAAAUUUACAGUAUUCAAUUGGUUUCGUUUAGUUGUAUUAAAAUUAUGUGAAAAUAUUGAAUUAGAAGAAUUACGAAAUAUGCAUCUUGGUAAUCGAAAAUUUCAUCAUAUCUUACAACAACAAUGUAAUUUAAUUUUUAAUAAAUUAAUUUUAACUGAACUCAAACAAUUACAACAAAACAAAUUAACAUGCGGAGAUUUAUCAUUGAAAAAUGCUUCUCUUCGUUCUUUUGUUCGAUCAUCGAAAUUCGAUGUUGAUGUUUGUAUCGAUCGAUAUUUAAUGCUUCUACUUCGUUGUAUUCAUUUAUAUGAUCAUAUUCGAUUGAAUUAUGCUACAAUGGAUUAUAUUGAACAACUGUUCAAUUUAUAUCAUACAAGUCAAUCUCUCAGUACUCGCCUAUUAACAUUAAGGAUUCUACGUGAUCUAUUGAUAUACUUAUCAGAAGAUACGAAUAGAUCUUUUAUUGAAGAUCUAUUAACAAAAAUUUUAUUUUCUAUUGGUCAAAAUUUUAAUUUAUUGGAAACUGAGAAAAUAGAUCUUGAUAUUAUUAUUGAAUUUAUCUAUAUCUAUCGUACGAUUAUAUCACAUAAUUCACCAUGGCAAAAGUUUGCAACGAAAUUACUCGUCGAUGCAAUAAAAUCUGGUAUGAAUCUCAAUUUUACAUCAUUAGAAACGAUCGAAUUACAACAAAUGAAUUUCUUUCUUGCAUCAAUAUGUAUCUUAGGUGGUUAUGUUCGUCCGUAUUGUUUAGGAUCAACUGUAGAAAUCUAUUCAACUAAUACAGAUAUACAAGAAUUACAAUCUGCAAUUAUAAUUGAAGUUAAUAUGGAUGCUCUUGAAUCGGAUUCAUCCGAUGUUAAACCUUAUCUCGUACAAUAUGCAGUCACGAAUCAAACUGCAUGGGUUUCAUCGAAUCAAAUACGUAUCAUUGUUGAUGUUCAACCACUAAAUCUUUUAUUUUUACCAAUUGAUAAUGCAGUUCAUACGAUUCUUGAUACAUUAGGAUCUCUUGCACAAACAAUUGAUACAUCAACAAUUGAUUCAUUAAUAUUAUUGGAUAUAAAAUGUCGUAUCCUAAAAGCAUUGUAUGAUGUAUUGAAUUAUAAACAAGUUAUUGAAAUUUUCAUGCAAAAACCUUAUGCAUCAAUUAUUUCUAAACUAUCGACUUCAAUGAAUUAUUUUGAUUUAAUUCGCAGUACAAUACCAAAUGAUUUACGAUUAUUUAAUCGAUUACAUUUAGAACAAUACUAUUUAAGUUUAGAUAGAUAUGUAAGAAAAAAUCAAAUAGUCGAAAACAAAUUUGAUAUCAUUAUUCAUAACAAAAAUAGAUGGAAUCAAAUGAAAAUUAUUCAUGAUCCUAUUAUUUUACAAUAUCUAUCUGAAACAGGUUCGAUAGAUCAGGAUUGGAAACCAAUUGCAUCUAAAAGUGAGAUAAAAUCCUAUAAAAAAGGUCGAUUAGGAAAUUAUGAUAUUCAAAUUAUUUCUGUACCUAUCAAUGAUAAUAUAUCAGUUUUCGAAGAAUGUGGUAUCAAACAUAAAUUCAAAGGACGCGUUAAUAUAAAUGACGACAUUGGAAAUAUUCGAUAUCGAACUUUUAUUCUUGAUGGCAUAGAAGUGAACGCAGGAAAAUGGUAUUUUUGUGUUAGACUUCCACUAGGUGGUGCAGCACUAAUUGGCUGGGCAACGAAGGGAUUUAAUCCACCGUUACAUGAUAGGUGGGGUAUUGGUGAUGAUAAAUAUUCAUGGGGUUUCGACGGAUCAAGAGGAGUUUAUGACCAUAGACAACGUAGUAUCUUUUAUUCUGAAAAUUUUUGGGAUGAAGAAGCUAUAUGUGGCUGUGGUAUUGAAAUUGAUGGUAAAAAUACGAAUAUUAAAUAUUGGUUAAAUGGUAAAUUUAUAGGUACAGUAUAUUCACAUUCGGAAAAUCAAACAAUUAAAUCAGCGAUUAAAACAAAUUUAUUACCAAAUGGAAUUUUUGCUACUUAUUUUCCUGCUGUUAGUAUUAAAGUCUAUCGUAAUGUGGCUAAUACAGGUGUUUUUGAAUUUAUUUUUAGUCCAGAAGAUAUGACAAAAUGUCCUUUACCAAAAGGAUACAAAUCAUUAUUAAUGCCAAAAUUAUUGACAAUGGAAAAUGUACUAGUAGCAUAUCCUUCUAGUGCAUAUCUUAUUGGUAACGACAUUCAACAAUAUUUCUAUACGAGUCGUUGUCCAAAGAAUGAUUUCGAUGACAAGAAAACUUGUUUGCUACGUGAUUUUGUUAAUAAUCAACAUUUUGAAGUUCCAUUCAAUGUUGAUAUGGUAACAUCGGAUGAUAAUCUAUUAAAACUAUCUAAAGAGAAUGAUGGCUUUCUAUUGUCACUUGAUAAUCAUCAAGAAUUAACUAUUAGUUUUGAUUUUGAGAUUAGUACGAUAGAAAAUCGUCCUGAUGAACUUGAUGUUGUCUUAUUUACGUUAGAUGAUGCAAUAUUUUCUAUUCAUGUCUGUAUGAAUGAUAAUUUCAUCGAUGAAACCAGGUUAUAUCGACAACAUGUUGUUAUUCUAUUUCAAAUAAACAAACAAGCAAAAGUCUAUAUUAAUAAUAAGUUUCAAACAUUAAAUUAUUAUCAUAGUUUUGAUCCAAAAAUAAAUUCAAAAUUGAAUCUACGACUUUUGCCAUGUCUAAAUGUUGGAAUUCGUAAUUUGGGCAUAUGGACAUAUCUAUUAUCGGAAGAACAUAUUCAACGUCUUUUUACAUAUGGUCUCUCGUAUGUUGCUAUCGAUUAUCAGAAAUUAAA